AUGCAUGCCUUUCAACAACCUGAGCCCUCCAACAUUCAACAUCCACGUGCAUUCCUGUCUUCAGAUGCUGAUCAGACCGCCGCCGCCAUGAAUGUGCCUGCGAUCACGGCCGCCGAUGAAGUGAAAUUCUGCACACCGCCACUGUUCUUCGCCGUCGCCGGCCUGCUGGUGUUCUUUCUAAUCGGAUCCAACCUCUUCAUGUUCAUCAACGCCAACGUCGGAAGCGCCGCCGGUCUGGAGGCCACAGAAGAGCCCGAGACGGUGGUCUCUACCGAAGAUGAGCCGCACAUCAUCCGACGCGCCGUAAACGAGUCCGAGGCGCACGACCACGGGGCGGUAGUGCUAAUGAAACCGCCAGUGUUGACCUCGCGAGCGACAUCUGCAUCAGCGUCCGCUUACAUCGGCAUCGCAGGUCCAAGGACGAACCCCACCGGGCGUAAGACCGGUGACUCGCUCCAGCUGCUACCCAGCCGAUCGCUGGUGUGCGUGCUGGGUGGUCGGAGCCAGGAGUACGGCCCGAUGUGGCUCGACGGCCUGUGUGACGUGGCCCUGGUGCCCUUCUACGCGCUGCCCAAGGGUGGCGACACCUUCCACAACGACGGUGACAAAGUCACGCAGCAGGUUCUCGACAAGGCCGCCAAAGCCGUCAAGACCACCUAUGGCAUCCACGUGCCUCUCAAAAAAGUGCCUAAGGUUAUGGACGACCUUAUACGAAAAAGAGUUCAGAAGAAGUUGAGGAACUAUUGGAUAAACAAGCACAUAUACCACUACGCCAUCCUCGACCUGCGAAUCAAGACCGACGACACCACGCGCUCGGGCGACGUUGUGGGCAAAGCCUUCGGAGUGCUUAAGAAGUUUAAAAGUAUCCAGGAGAAUAUCCGCCACGCGGCGUCCAAAAUGGCGGCGAAGAGGCAGCGCAACGCAUACGUCAUCCUGGGCACCCAUCUCCGCAUGGCCACGAGCAAGGAGUUGUUCAAAGCCCUCGAACACCAUGUUGGAUCCUUUCCGAUCAGUGCCUUCGUAGUUCGCACUCACAUCACCCAACGGGAAGCUCUGACGCUCUCCGACGGAUGCAGUAUCGCCGGCCCUGCGCCGUACAAGAUGAAAAACAAUCUUCAAUUUAUGGGAAUGGCCAGCACGAUGUCGUACGUGAGAAAUGUCACCUGGGUGCGGCGCACGCCUCUGGUCGUCUCGUUCACGUUAUGCACGCGCCAAUACCGGUCCAGAAAAGACCUCCGUGUCGGCGCCAAAUGCCGCAAGGACGCCACCGUGACGACUACUUCCUCAGCGAUGUGCAGCGAAAGGCCGGGCUUCUACGGAAACCAGGCGAUCGACAAGACUCAGCACACGGCUUACUCGUGGAAGAAGCCGGAUCUCGUGGCCACGUACGACACUGCGGACACGAUGAGAUGGAAGGUAUGUUCUCUGGAGAGAGAGCACCGUCCCCUGAACCUGAGCGUGGCGCUGUUCGACAUCGAGUGUGACGACUGGCGCGGAAAGUGCGCGAGGCCUAGCACGUCGCACAUGAAGGGUUCCGACAGGACGCGCAGCCUGCGCGCCUACAUGCGCCGGCUGUCCCGACGAGGCAGCGUGAAUGCCAGCGGCGAAUGCCCGUAG